CCCCGCCAGGCACCCGCUCCUCCCCUCCCCUCCCUGCGGCGCCGGGAGGGGCCCCGCGGUGGCGGCCCAGGAGCAAGAAGAGAAACUCACAAGGGAAAAUGUAUCAAAGGGCAGUUAGUUCUCCGCUAACUCAAAGAAGGAAGUCAGUCGCCCUCUGAGUAACAUCCAUUAUCAAAUAUGAAUGUGAUCAACUUUAAUAAAUCAGAAAACAAGAACAACAUUUUCAGCAGUCCUAUCCAGCGUGCAAGAUCCAGCCUGUGACAAUACCUGGGAAGAGUAUGAAUGUUUCAGAGAACUGGCUGUUCAAUGGUUCCUCAUUAGCCUCUCAAGUUCAUGCUGCUGCUAUUAAUGGAGAUAAGGGUGCCCUCCAGAAGCUAAUAGCAGGAAACCCUGAGUUGAAAGAUAAAGACGACCAGUUUGGGAGGACUCCACUCAUGUACUGUGUGUUGGCUGACAGGCUAGAUUGUGCUGAGGCCUUGCUGAAGGCAGGAGUAGGUAUUAAUAAAGCUGAUCAUAGCCGGAGAACUGCUCUCCAUCUUGCUGCACAAAAGGGAAAUUAUCGCUUCAUGAAACUUUUACUUGCUCGUAGAGCAAACUGGAUGCAAAAGGAUUUAGAAGAAAUGACUCCUUUACAUUUAACUACCCGCCACAAGAGUCCCAAGUGCUUAGCUUUGUUACUAAAAUACAUGGCACCAGGUGAAGUGGAUACACAGGACAGAAACAAGCAAACUGCUCUGCACUGGAGUGCCUACUACAAUAACCCAGAGCAUGUGAAACUUCUUAUAAAACACGAUUCUAAUAUUGGAAUCCCUGAUAUUGAAGGCAAAAUCCCACUUCAUUGGGCAGCUAACCACAAGGAUCCCAGUGCAGUUCUAACAGUCAAAUGUAUUCUGGAUGCUGCUCCCACAGAAUCUUUAUUGAACUGGCAGGACUAUGAAGGACGAACCCCCCUUCAUUUUGCAGUUGCUGAUGGGAAUGUGGCAGUGGUUGAUGUCCUGACCUCUUAUGAAGGCUGCAAUGUGACAUCUUAUGACAACCUCUUUCGAACUCCUCUUCACUGGGCAGCUUUACUGGGCCAUGCACAGAUUGUCCAUCUCCUGUUAGAAAGAAAUAAGUUUGGAACCAUCCCAUCUGAUAGCCAAGGGGCAACACCCUUACAUUAUGCAGCACAGAGCAACUUUGCUGAAACAGUUGAAGUAUUUUUGAAACAUCCCUCUGUGAAAGAUGACUCAGACCUUGAGGGAAGAACAUCCUUUAUGUGGGCAGCUGGGAAAGGCAGUGAUGAUGUCAUCAGGACUAUGCUGAAUUUAAAAUUGGACAUUGAUAUCAACAUGGCAGAUAAAUAUGCUGGCACAGCAUUACAUGCUGCUGCCCUUUCUGGCCAUGUCAGCACAGUGAAAUUGCUCUUAGAACAUAAUGCACAGGUAGAUGCAACUGAUGUAAUGAAGCACACUCCACUUUUCCGAGCCUGUGAAAUGGGACACAAAGAAGUGAUACAGACACUCAUUAAAGGCGGAGCAAGAGUAGAUUUGGUUGAUCAAGAUGGCCAUUCUCCCCUUCACUGGGCAGCUCUGGGUGGAAAUGCUGAUGUAUGUCAAAUUUUGAUAGAAAAUAAAAUCAACCCAAAUGUACAGGAUUAUGCAGGUAGAACUCCCUUGCAGUGUGCUGCAUAUGGAGGCUAUAUUAACUGCAUGGUCGUGUUACUGGAAAAUAACGCAGAUCCAAAUAUUCAAGAUAAAGAGGGAAGGACUGCUUUACAUUGGCUGUGUAAUAAUGGCUACCUUGAUGCUAUAAAGUUGCUGCUGGGUUUUGAUGCUUUCCCUAAUCACAUGGAGAACAAUGAAGAGAGAUACACACCACUUGAUUAUGCUUUGCUUGGAGAACACCAUGAGGUGAUUCAGUUUAUGUUAGAACAUGGUGCUCUAUCUAUAGCUGCCAUACAGGACAUUGCUGCCUUCAAAAUCCAAGCUGUCUACAAAGGAUACAAGGUUAGAAAGGCUUUCCAAGACAGAAAAAAUCUUCUAAUGAAGCAUGAACAGCUGAGAAAAGAUGCUGCUGCCAAGAAACGUGAAGAAGAAAAUAAGAGGAAGGAAGCAGAGCUGUUGAAGGGAAUGCAGAACCUCGUACUCAAUAGGGUGCAAGUACAGCCACAUCCUGCAAAUAGAGAGACAAGUAACAGAACUCCUAGCACUCCACUGCUGUCUAGUAAACAAAUUGAUGUGCAUAGUAACAGGCUUUUCUGCAGUAGCAUUUCUCAAAACCAGGCAGGGAAAAACAAUAGAGGAUCACCUGCAGCCUCUCAAAACAAAACGACACCAAAGGAAAAAUGUCUGUCUGCAGAACUACCGGGUGAAGAUCACAAAAACAAAAAAGAAUUAUCCAGAAAACACACCAAAAGCAAGACAGCUUGUGUCCAUUUCCAAUGUGGUAAAGAAAAUGAUGGAGCCAAAGUUGAAGCUAACCAUCAAGUUGUGGCAGCCACAGAGUGGUAUGGUGAAAAGCACAAGGAGCAGACUGCAAGCGCGAAAGGCUUAGCACAUGGCAACGAAAAGCACAUCCCUUGUUGUAACACAGCCAGUGCAGGGGAGAAAUUAGCAGAUCAAAGUCAAUCUAUAGCUGGCAAUGGAAGCUAUUGUGAAGGAACAACAGGGCACUUGCAGAAUAUUAACUGCACGGAUGGAAACUCAAGGAAUUCAAGGCAGUGUGAAACACUAUCAAAAGGCAAACCGCGCAUGCUGAAAGCAAGAAAUAAAGAGCUAAACAGUGAGAGAUGUUCCCCAGCUGGCUCCAGUAGACCUGGAAGUGCCAAAAUGAGAUUUGUAAACAUCAGAAAUGACAGUUCACAUGCCGUAGUACAAACUAACAAUGUAACAAAUAAUGAAUUAGCAAAAAAGACCUGCCCUUUACUGUCUAUCAAAGCAGGAACUACAAGACCUGUGCCAAGUGAUCCAACAGCUCACGCUAUUUUUGAUGAUAGUAUGAACUUGGAAAAAAUAGAUAUAACGGGGUCCAAGAAUGCAGAUGAUGGAUUAUGUUCCCAUCUCACAUGUCAGAGUAUGAAUAUUGAACUUAUCCCAUUAGAGAUCCGUAUGCAGAUAAUAGAAAAGGAAAGAAAAAGAAAAGAGCUAUUUCGGAAGAAGAACUAUGCUGCUACUGUUAUUCAGAGGACAUGGAGAAGUUACCAGCUUAGACAGAAAUUGGUCCAGCUUUUUGGUGCUGAGCGGCAAUGCAAAGAAGAUGAAGACAAAUGGAGACAAGAGACAGCUGCCUUUUUCAUCCAGGUCGCUUGGAAGAAACAGCUGAACCAUGGCCCUCUGAAAUCAGUGUCUUCAUGUAAAAACCUAAAAUCUAUAAAUAAAAGCAACUCAGCCAUAAAAACAAGCAAGCAAUCCAUCCUUAAGCAGAUAUACGGGCGCUCUCAAGAAGGAAAAGUUUGCCAUCCAGCAAGACCUUCAAAGCAUAAGCUUUCUGAUGUGCACGUGAUCUCAGUAAGCAACCUGCAGUAUGUUCACCUGCUGGAGAAUGAAGGAAAACUGAAGCAGUUUUCAUACAACAUGAGACCAACCACUGCUGCAAAGUCAAAAACCAAAAGACCUGAGCAUUAAGCAAAGCUGAGUAGUAGUAAUAGGGAACCUGAAAACAACUUAAAGACUACUCCCCAGUUCUACAGGGAUGUAUGAAAUCUUUCUUGUAAUUGAAGAAAGUAUACAAAAUAUUAAGCUAACAAAGGUAUUUUCCGUUAUUGUAUUAUCUCAGUGCUGUAUGCCAAACCAGACUUCCAGGGAGUUGAACUCAUUCCGUGUAUGAAUGAAAUGUAGAAUUAAAGAGUAAUUUAUUUAUUUGCUGACAUUACAGAAUUUCAACUUUCAUCAAAUUGAGAGGUAGGCUGGAAUUAGCAAUUUACAGAAUUUAUCAAAAUUAUCCAUAAAUAUGUUUUGAGUGUGUUAAUUACAGCCCUAUGUUCAGCCACAUAUGGGGUAUGAAAAAAACUUAAUACUGCACCUGCUCAUUAUAUAGCCUUCUCCAGCCCUAUCAAAGCACUUUUGAUUUAUGAAAGUUAAAAUAAAACUUCCUGGGAGAAUAAUAUAAGUACGUAGUUUUCUCUAGGUAAAAAGCAUAAAACAAGGGCUAGUUCUACACUUAGAUUAAUAAUUUGGGCUUCUAAUCUAGAGGGAAUUUCAGCUCCCUAUCUCCCUUCCUAUCACCCAGUUAAUAUCCAGAUCUAUGAAACAGCCAGUUUGUCAAUGCAAUCCACAUAUUUAUUCUUAAUUUUAAAGGGGGGGGGUGAACUAAUAUGGCUCCCACCCUUUCGAGAGAUGAUUCCACACUCCGCUAUCAAGUGAAUAUUCCUAGUAUUGCUAUAUAUUAAAAUUAUUUGUUCAUUUCCAUCCCAUUAUACCAUAGCGUACCCCCUCGGGAAUAUCCUAAUCAAUUUCUCUCCAUCCUUUGUGUUCACGACCUUUCAGAUGGAAUGAUGCAAGCUUUUGUUUCGAUAUUUCCAAGUCAAAGUUUCUCAGAACUUUUCAUCCCACAAAAAUUUGAUUUUACUUUUUGGGGUGAAAGCAAAUGCCGAAGUAUUGGAAUUUCCUGUGGGACUGAAAUCAUUUUUUCCAAACUGCUCUAAUCACAUGUUAGAUGUGCAGAGCCAGUUAUAUUAAAGGGUUAACUAUUUUAGAAAAUCUUUGUCACUGUGUCUCAUUUUACCCCAAAUUCAGAGUACCAAAAGCUUUGCAAUUACCUGUAAUAAGUAUCUGAAAAUCUACACAGAGCAGAAAGUAUAGCCUCCACUAGGAAUGAGUGCAUCUGCUCAACAGCAACCUGUGUGCUCUGAUUCUUCACUAAAGGGGAACAUUGUGUUUGAGCUCAGUGUUAGAUACUAACGUACUGGUAGAAAUUGUGACUCAAAGAAAGGACCAUGUUAAUUGUUAAGUUUCUAGGGUGAAAGGCUGGCUCUAUAGAAGUCAGUGGGGCCAGGAUUUCACCACUUCAGCCUCUCCCCUCAAAACAAAGUAAAUUUCUUUGUUAGUGAAAUUGUCACUAUAUAUCGACACACACACACCAUGGGGCCUUCUCCCACUGACAUCAGCUGGAGUUUUGCCAUUGACUUCACAAGUGAAACUGAAAGGCAGACAAGGGGAUCACUUUGGUGGACAUGUAAGAAAAAAGGAACAUGUUACAUAAUUUUUUUUCUUAAACUUUUGUCCUAAGCAUGUUGAAUAUUAUUACUUUGACUUUAUUCUUUACUACAUUUCUAUUUUUUAUAUUCAAUAAAUAUCCAAAAUAUUGUUAUUCCACCUUAAAAAGCAUGGAGUAGUAUUUUUGCAUUGUAUAUUACACAAUGAAAUCAUUUCAAUGUUGUUAUAAAUAAUGGAAAAUGACUGGAGUCAAUACAAGAAUCCAAUAAACAAAGGAGAUGCUCUCCACAUCACAGUGACAGCAUUUAAUAUUUUCACUUCCUCAGCAUAUCCUCUCCUGCAGUCAGUU